GGCCGUCCGAGGCAACCAGGUGGGGCGGCGCAGGUGCGCCCGGUGUCUACCUGUCUGUUUUGCGGGCUUCACCUGUCCGCGCUGGAGGCGGAGAAUGCGGCUACGCUCGGGGGUCUUCGCUUCCUGCUGCCUGCUAGUGCAGGCGUUGGGUGUCGGGCUUUUCCUGCGGGGCUUCUUCCCGUUGCCGGUGAGGUCCUUACCUCGGAAUGAAGCAGUCUCCGGGCCGCCCCCCGAGCCGCCCCCGACAGGGCUGUCUUCCAACUGGACCAAGAUUCCAAAUCCUCUCUUCAAGAAAGCUGUCAUCAUGUUAAUAGAUGCCCUGAGGCACGACUUUGUGUUUGGUUUGAAAGGUAAACAGUUCAUGCCCUACACAACACAGCUGAUAGAAAGAGGGACGUCCCAUAGUUUUAUAGCUGAAGCAAAACCGCCUACUGUCACCAUGCCUCGAAUUAAAGCAUUGACGACAGGCAGCAUCCCGGGCUUCAUUGAUGUCAUCAUGAACCUCAAUUCCCCAGCCUUGCUUGAAGACAACUUGAUAUGGCAGGCCAAAACCGCCAGGAAAAGGAUCAUCUUCUAUGGGGAUGACACCUGGGUUCGGCUCUUCCCAAAACAUUUUGCGGAAUACGAUGGAACAACCUCUUUCUUUGUCUCCGAUUACACAGAGGUUGAUCAUAAUGUCACCCGACAUUUAGAUAAUGUUCUGAAGAGAGAAGACUGGGAUCUACUCAUUCUCCAUUACUUGGGACUGGACCACAUUGGUCACCUGAGUGGACCAAACAGCCCUUUAGUAGGGCCGAAACUGUCUGAGAUGGAUAACAUCAUCAAGAAGAUCCACACUUCACUCCUCUCCAAGCAGGAGGGAGAGGUGGCUUUACCCAGCUUGCUUGUCGUGUGCGGUGAUCAUGGGAUGUCGGAAACAGGAAGCCACGGUGGGUCUUCGGAGGGCGAGGUGCACACCCCCCUGCUUUUCGUCAGCUCUGCUUUUGACAGGAGAAACGGCCCUCCGAAACCGGCAGAGCUUGUCCAACAGACCGACUUAGCAGUCACCCUGGCAAUAGGCCUUGGCUUGCCCAUUUCAAGGAACAGUGUUGGGAAACUCCUGCUGCCAGUGGUGCAGCAGAAGACUAUGAGAGAACAGCUCCGGUACCUGCAUUUGAAUGGGUUCCAGCUUAGCAGACUCCUUCAAGAGAACACACCUGCCUAUGAAAAAGAUCAUGGAUUUGAGCAGUUUAAGAUGGCCGAGAAAUCCCACGCAAGCUGGAUCAAGCUUUACUUGGAGGGGAAUACUUCGGAAGUUCUCCUGAAUCUUGGCAAAAAGGUCCUUAAGCAAUAUUUGGAGGCGAUCAAGACUCUGAGCUCUUCCCUAAGCAAGCAAGUGGCACAGUAUGAUCUGUAUUCGAUGAUAGUGGGAACCGUGAUUGUUCUGGAGGUGCUGGUGCUGCUCCUGCUCAGCCUUCCCAAAGCGCUGAGUGCCCGGGCGGAGUUUGAUGUGCCCCUUUCCCCUCCGCUGUGUUCUCUGCUCUUCUACUUGCUGUGCCUGCUGCUCUGUGCCGUGCACGUGGUCCUGUGCACCUCGACAGAAAGCCUGUGCUAUUUCUGCAGCAUUUCCUGGCUGUCGGCAGUUGGGGUGAUCAUGCUGGUGUCCGGCCUCCUCUGUGUCAUCUUGUCUGCUCUGGAGAAGAGGUGCCUGAAUCCAAAGCUACUCAUCAAGAAUCCAGCUGCCUCGGCUUCCAGCUGGUCUGAAUUAGAUGUGCUCAUCCUAGCAGGAACCAUUGGCCACGUGACCAGCCUGGGUGCAAGCAGCUUUAUCGAAGAGGAGCACCAGACGUGGUACUUCCUCAUCAGCACCCUCUGCCUUGCACUUUGCCAGCACAUCUGCAGGCACUAUUUCCUGGUGAAGGAGCACGACCUUCAGCUUCCCUCUACAGCCAAACCGAGUCCCACAGAAGCCCGAGGAGCAUCUUCCCGUCCCAAGAGCGACGUGGACUUCUUGCAGGAUGACUUGAAAAGGGCCAAGGCCCCCCUGUCUGAAAACGUAAGAGGCUCGGAGAAGUGGAUGGGGUUGGCGACCCCAUGGGUCAUCCUGAUCUGUUGCCGGUUGCUCCGUUCCUUAAAUCAGACUGGAGUCCAGUGGGCCCACAGGCCAGAUUUUGGGCACUGGUUGACAAGUUCUGAACACAAAGCUGAACUUUCCCUCCUGGCCUCUGUAUCCUUGGUCCUGAUCUUCAUUCUCGUUCAACGGAAAUGUUCUCUGGUUUCAAAAAUAGCAAUGGCGCUUGGACUCUUGGGGGUGUACAGUUACCGGGCGGCCAUUGACAAUGUGAUAUUUCCAUGGCAACGUGACAGCAAAGAUAUUUCCAAGGGCAUCAUCGAAGCACGCUUCGUUUACAUCUUUGUCCUUGGCAUCGUUUUCACCGGCACCAAAGACUUGCUCAAAUCUCAGGUUCUGUCCGUGGACUCCAAGGUCAAGUUUGUUGGCUUGUGGGAGAUAUACAGCGGGCUGGUGCUGCUUGCAGCGCUCCUGUUGAGGCCUCACAACUUGCCUGUUUUGGUCUUCUGCCUGCUUAUCCAAGCCAUGAUGACCAAAUAUGUCUGGAAGCCCCUGGAAUUUGAUGCAGCUCAGGUCACUAUAAUGCACUACUGGUUUGGGCAAGCGUUCUUCUUUUUUCAGGGCAAUUCGAAUGGCAUUGCCUCCGUAGACGUUGCAGCUGGUUUUGUGGGACUGGACAACUAUGUAGAAAUCCCAGCUAUUUUCCUUACUGGAUUUGCAACAUAUUCGGGACCUUUGCUGUGGGCCGUUCACUUGUUGUGCUAUCUGAGCUCUGAAGUUGACAGGAAUCCCGCAGCAAUGGCCCACGGCUGUUUCUGUUAUGUGUUGCUCCGUUCCAUCCCGGUGGUGGUGUACAUUAUCUUGGUGACAGGUCUGCGCUACCACCUCUUCAUCUGGAGCGUCUUCUCGCCGAAACUGCUCUACGAGGGCGUGCAUGUCCUCAUCACUGCUGCUGUGUGCCUGUUCUUCACAGCCAUGGAUCAGAACCACUCGCGCAAAGACCCAGCUUGAAAGCUACUGUUAAACAGAAUAUAGAUACAGUCAAGAAACCAACUGAUUUUCCUGCAGUGAAACAUGGAUUCUUACCUUCAGAUAGCUCAGUGAACUUCAAAGAUGGAUCUAUUUUUGGCAAACUUUUUUUAAUAUAUCAAAAUACAUUGCAAAAGGGUCCGUUUGUGGUGUGGGGGGAAGGGGAUGGGAAUCUUUCGGUCACAGUUGGAAAGUUGAAAGCAAAUUGUGCCCCUCCCAGCGCUCUUUUAUGUGGCCUUCCAAAACCAGAUGAACAUGACAUUGGCAGGGGAUGCUAGCCUCCAGGAGGCACCUGUGGAUACCCCAGAAUUACACCUCAUCUUGAGGCUGCAGAGAUCAGUUUCUCUGGAGAAAACUGAUGCUUUGGAAGGUGGUCUCUGUGGCAUUGCACCCCUCUGGAGGUCCCCAUUCUCCCCAAGCCCCAUUCCCAAAUCUCCUGGAAUUUCCUAACCUGGAUCUGGUAACCCUUACCCCCCCCCCCCCAAUCACCUUUCAGUGGCCAGCGGGGACCUGAUGACCUACAUUGGCCUGGCCAUUAUCUGCAGUGACGACUAACUAGUAUUCUUAACCUGGUUUUCAAGCUGAUGGGCAAACUGUGGUUUGGUGAGACCAUGAGUCACCUUCACUAGGGUUGCCAGCUCUGGGCUGGGAAAUUCCUGGAGAUUUGAGGGGGCAGAGCUUGGGGAGGGUGUGGGGUUUAGUAUCUCUGCAGAGUAUAAUACCGUAGAGUCCCCAGCUUCCAAAGCACCUGUUUUCUCCAGGUUGAAUGGAUCUCUGUCAUCUGGAGAUCAGUUGUAAUUCCGGGAGAUCUCUAGAGCUCACCUGGACGUUGGCAACCCUAGCUUUCCUUGUGGUCAAGAUCUGUGCUGAGAUAAUGCUUAAACUAUGGUUUAAAGUAUGUAGCAGCAAUUUAUGGUGGGGAAAGAGUGUGGAGGAAUCUAGCCUUCUUUCAAUUGGGUGGGGGGGACAUUUGAGUGAACUGCUCCUGUUGCUUCUGCUAAAAAUAGUGUUAUUUUUGAACAUCUUCAGAGGAAUAGCCCUAAGGAGUUCUUAUUAGUUUUCAUUCCUUUAUAUUGGAGUGGUUGUUUCAUAAGUGGAGAGAAAUCUGUGAAGGUUUAAUAUACCUGCAGGGGAAGGGUGGGUUGACUUUUAUUUCUGUUUUAGCAGCAGGGUUCUUUGUUGAAUUUUUAUUUUACCAUUGCUCCUUGUUUCUCCGUUCUCUCAAAUGUUAAUCAUAUCUUUUUUAUUAACUUAAAAUCUUUUUUUUUAAUGUUCCCAUCAAAUUCCCCGAUAAGCUGACUGUGAGAUGUUGCUCAGCAUAGUAAAAUGUUAGUAUCACUUC